AUUAUCUCAUUUAGAGAUGAUGUUGCAAGAGAACGAUCCAGAAGAAGAUAUCCCAAGCGAUACUGAUGAGUACGUGGAGCAGAGUCCGGAUGGGAGGUGGUACAGACGGGACCAACCAGUUCAAGCUCAAGGUAUUGGAGGCCUGACACGGAGUUUUCUUGCUAUAGAUAUGGAGGAAGGAAAGGAGGUUGUCUGGAACGAGAUAGAAAUCAGUCAGGAGAUGCACUCUCUUAUAAGACGAGACACCAGUAAGGAAGCCAUGGAGGCCAUCCUGAAGAUCUUCAAACGAAUAGAGCAUGUGAACCUGAUAAAAUACAGCGGGUACUGGAUACAUGAUUCAGCAGAAGAUGGCAUGUUCAAGAUAGUGUAUAUCACAGAGUACACCUCAGCCGGCACACUCAGAAGUUUCUUGAGGAGGAGUAGAAUUAACAAGAAGAAGAUCGGAGCUAGGGUCUGGAGACGAUGGAGCAGACAGAUUCUCAGAGCUCUGGAUUAUCUCCACUCGUGUGCUCCCAGUAUUACACAUGGCCACCUCAACUGUGACAGUAUCUACAUACACCACGAUGGUAUCAUUAAAGUGGGCUCCGUCGCUCCAAACAUAAUUAAAGAUUUUCUUUCUUCACUGCUUGAGGAUAAGGACUUCGAUGAAAAGGCGUGUUACAAGACUCCUAACUCUAAGGAUAUCUCUGACUUUGGAAACUGUUUGUUAGAAGUGUUCGCUACUGGUGUCGAGGAGUCGGACAUGAGAGAUGUAGCUCCGAUUAACUAUGAUAACGAUAAGAAGAAGAAAAACAGACGAGAUCUAACAGAGGAUGAGAGAAGACUGGUCCUGGAGACUUGUGGAGCGAAUAAGGGUACUCUGCUGAUGGAAUGUUUCGGGAAUAACGCGUCUGUGGGACAGCUGCUGAACCACACUAUCUUCAUAGAGGUGCCGCCGCUAAAGGUUAUCGCAUACUACGCCAUGUUCAACCGGUGGGGACACAGUAUGGUCAAAGCAAUAGAUCCUAAGAAGCUGGAGCAGGGAGACACCAAGACUAUAAUAGUUGACACCGUGCCCAAGAAACAUGAGACCUCGCCUCUGGAUAUUGAGAAGCUGUCCUCUGACGUGGAGAGUGGCAUGUUCCCCCUGUGUGGUAUCAAGAUCCAGUCUCCGAAGACCAAGGAGAAGUGUCCUGCUGAGAGUGAAACUGAACCCACCAUUUCUAAGGCUGAGGACCGACUCAUUCUGAAGAUAAACGGGAAGAUCGUCUGUAAAGGAAACGAUCCCGACAAAGCUAACUUGUCUCUGGAGUUCACGAUGAACGAUCAUAUGGUCCGGAAGAUGGAGACAGAGAUCUCUCUUCAGGAGGAUAGUCCGGCCAAACUUACUGAUGAGCUGAUCGACUACAAUCUACUUAAUAAGAAGGAUCGGGAAAUGGUUAUAGAGUCUAUACAAGACGUAUUGUCAUCCUGAUGUGUUGUUCCCAAAGUAACGAGCUGUUCCCAAAGUAACGAGCUGUUCCCAAAGUAACGAGCUGUUCCCAAAGUUACGAUCUGUUCCCAAAGUUAGGAGCUGUUCCCAAAGUAACGAGCUGUUCCCAAAGUUACGAUCUGUUCCCAAAGUUAGGAGCUGUUCCCAAAGUAACGAGCUGUUCCCAAAGUAACGAGCUGUUCCCAAAGUAACGAGCUGUUCCCAACGUAACGAGCUGUUCCCAAAGUAACGAGCUGUUCCCAAAGUAACGAGCUGUUCCUAAAGUAACGAGCUGGUAUCCGUAUAGAUGUGGUUGUUUGUGUUGCUGCUAAUUAAACUCUGUAACAAUUUGACAUUGACUUGAUGUAAACGAGUAAUGUUAUGAACUUGUUUUUAUCUGUUUGAAUUCACAAUAAGGGUGUUAUUAUGAUGGGCUACUAUCACAGUCGUGGAAUGUCAGAUGUACAAAAGAUUAGCACUGUGGUGACAGUUAGAAUGCUGCUUUUUAUUGUUUAGAACUUAUUUCUGUGUUUUUUA